AUGAAUUCCUCAGUCACAGUCCCUCCUAGUGCGAAGAACCACGGAGACCCAGGACUUAUAUGUCUACCCCCAGUCUGGACAGACUACUUGAUCUUCUUCGCAACGAAUUAUAUCGCACACGCAGGGACUCUCAUCAGUCACCCAGGCGAAUCGAUCCAGGAAACUGUCAUUGCGGCUGCAAAUGCGUUGUUUAUACCGGGCUCUGGAGCACUGCGUGCAUUCCGCUUCCUCGUCUUGUAUCUUAGUCCGCGUCUUACGGGAAGCACACAUCGGUAUUCCAGUACUGCCCUCGGGCAAGCGGAAAGGGCCGGGGCUCUUUGUAUGGUCGUGCAAGAGAGGGUCGUUGGCCGCGCGCUGCAGACAACGACUGGCACUCCAAGAUUUUUCUUUGGAGAGAAUAUCAGAUCAGUUCCCCUGGAAAGAAAAAUCCAUGGCGUCUGCAAGCUCCCCGUGCCUGGUCCGGGAGUCCCUAAGUACUGUCUGGUCGAAGUGCCUCCGCAUAUGCUACUGCGGCCUUGGCCUCUAGAUUUGGGUUCUGGGAGUGACUCAAAGAGUGGGAAUUCAGAGCCAGACUCAUCGAAUUGGCAGCUGGGGAAAUCUUACAACGUGCCAAAGAUCAUGAUCAGUAUCCUGCAGAUUGUGUGGGGGGUUGUCACGCUUUAUAAGACUCGGGGUGACCAGAUAACCCUGUUCGGAUAUGGGGCAUUUGGCCUGACAGUUGCCCCGUACGCUAUCAUGAGCAUCAUCAAUCUAGCAACAAAUCUAGUCCGUCCGGAGUACGCGGCCAUGUAUCUUGUGCACUCGCCUGAAAUGGAUACAGCUAUUUCACACGGUGGAGAAUUCCAAGGCAUUGUUGCCGGAGUUGGUGAUCUUUCAGUGGAUGUCGAUACAGGGGAAAUGAUGCCCGAGGCGUUCACAGGAGACCUUGAAUCGACAGCAGAUAAUCUCAGGUACACUGGUCUCAAUCUACUUGGCUACCUCGUCACAGCCAUUUUGCCUAUCGCGUUAGUGGCUGGGUACACGGGUUUCCAGUCCGGUUCGAAUGUUGAGAUUCCCAUUAGCUGGAUCCUUGGCUGGCUGAUCGUUGGAUCUGUGUCUUCGGUUUGGGUUCGUAUCUCGGGUGCAUAUGGAGAUGUGGUGCAUCCGAUAUGGGGAGUCAUAUUAGUCCUUCCUCUUUGGGUCCCAGCUAUAGGUGGUUUUGUUGUAGUUGGGGAGAUGUUGAACGAUUUUGGGAUUUGUACUUCUUUUGACUAA